GGAAAGCAGCAAAAUAAAAGUUAAGAUCAUCAGCCGGGGUGGCGCUGCUGCAUUCAGACUCCGCGAACACGUUUUCAAUUUCAGGCUUGACGCCCUGCUGACGCGUCCUGACCUCGAAAGGAGCUGUUCGGAUCCGAACCCACAGUCAUCAUCGACUCAGCCUCCAAUUUGUUUUUCACCCUCAGCCUCUCUUAAUUACCGACUAUCACUUCACCUUCCAGCUUUCAACCUGUGCUACCCACCGCCCCCUUCCUACUUCGCCACAUUGGAUCACCAAAUCCAAGUCCCUUUCUUCCUUGCUUUCCACUUCCAUGGACGCUCUCAAAUCACUUGUUCAGCCUCUCGUAGGCGGCGCCGCCGGGUCGUCGGUCAUUGACGGUAUGAAGCUUGUUGUCCUGGGGGGAACAGUCGAGACCGCUAGACGGGUGUCGAGUUCCGCUUGGUCACAUUUUGUCAACUCCUUCUUCCUUACGGCACACUUCUCGGAAGAAGACUAUCCCUACGACUGGUUAAUGCUCUGGCUCUCACGACAGCCAGAAUGGCAGCGGUCAAGGGAGUUCGAGACUACCACACGAUCUUCCUCCGGUUUUGCACGGACCGCUGAUAACUCUUUCGGCGACGACGAAGACGACGAAGAAGAAGACGACGAACCUGGAAGAGUCAAGACACGGGUCGUAUUCCAGCCGACUUUUGACACAACACAUACCAUAUUUUAUAGGGGUCAUUGGUUGCGCAUCAAGAGAGGCAGGAAGAAUGAUGGUAGCGGAUGCGAAGUCUUGUCCAUCAGUGUUGUCGCCCGCAAUAAUUCCAUCCUCAAGCAGUUAGUCCUCCAAGCAAAACGGGAAUACGAAGCAGAAGCAGUUCAUCGCAUUCAAAUCUAUUUUGCCGAUUCCCAUGGAAGCUGGCGUUGGACGGAUUCACGGCAUAAGCGUCCUAUGGGCUCUAUCGUGCUCAACCCAGGCGUCAAGGAGAUGCUUCUUGGUGACACGCGGGAUUUUUUGAAGUCGGAGCAGUGGUACGCUGACCGUGGCAUUCCCUUCCGCCGAGGCUAUCUUCUCCACGGUGUCCCCGGAUCCGGCAAAUCGUCGCUUAUACACGCUAUAGCAGGCGAGCUUAUGCUGGACAUUUACGUCGUGUCGCUCUCGUCCUCGUGGAUAAGCGACAGCACGUUGACGACGUUGAUGGGCCGUGUCCCGUCAAGGUGUAUUCUUCUUCUGGAAGACUUGGAUGCUGCCUUUACCAGAAGCGUGUCGAGGGACAAGAACUCGAGUGGUAACCCUGAAGGCAACAACAAUGAGGGUGACAAUGACCAGACCAAUACCACAACCCCAGCGGGCCCAUCCACGGGUCGAAGGAGGCACCAGAGAGACCAGCUAUCCGAUGUCAACACACUGAGUUUGAGUGGCUUGUUGAACGCACUAGAUGGUGUGGCGGCGGCAGAAGGCAGGCUCCUCUUUGCAACAACAAAUCACCUUGAGCGCCUCGACCCUGCACUUUCUCGACCGGGGCGUAUGGACGUCUGGAUAGAAUUCAAGAAUGCGUCCAAAUGGCAGGCUGAAGCGCUCUUCCGGAAUUUCUUCCCCUCAGUAGAAGAGCCUGCUGCAUCCUGCAAUGGCGUCCCCCCUCCGGGGCCCACGUUAAGUGACAUGGACGAAGCCGAGCUUGAAGGGAUUGACAUCCCAUCACCUCCACAGACCCCUAGCUCGGGCUCGUCGACGCUGUGGUCCCUCUCGCCUUCCUUUGCAUCGUCGACGUCUUCGCUACCUCCUUCGCCGAAGAACAAUGGUGGCGCUACGUCCAAAGGCAGCAAGGCGCUACCCCAGUUUGGGGCUAACAACCAAGCGUACCUGCCUCCGCCGGUAGAAGAGCACAUUGCAAGCAGUCAGCAUUCGGCGAAGCCGUUGGACGCCGCCAAGCUUGCUUUGCUGGCAAAGAGGUUCGCGGAUGCUAUCCCAGAGGAGGAGUUCAGUGUUGCGGCGUUGCAGGGGUACCUCCUCAAGCACAAGAGUAACCCUGACAAGGCGGCGGAUGAGGCGGCAGAGUGGGUUGUAAGCGAGCGGGAGAUGAAGGUGAGGUUGCAGGUGGAGAAGGAGAAACGGGAGAAGGAGGAGAAGGAACGUAAGGAUAAGAAGAAGAAGGAGAAGGAGGAUGAGAAAAAGAAGCAGCAGAAUCUGGAGAAGGACGAGCUGGAGAAGCUAAAGAAAGAGCUGAAGGAGAGGGAAGAGAGAGAUAAGGAGAGAGAGCAAGCUGCUGCUGCUGCUGAGACGGAGACGGAGCCGGCACCGGCGCCUGUGAUGCAAGAAGUCGUCGUUGCAGUGCCUACUCCCCCGCCGGAACCGGAGGCACCUGCACCUGAGCCUGCUGCUGUUGUCGUUGUCGAAGAUACCAACACCGAUUCUGACAGUGACAGCGACGAGGAGAACGUUCCCCCGGAACCCGCCGUCCAGACUGAUGCUGACGAGUGGGAUGCCGCCUGGACGUCGCCUCCGACGGGCAAGUGGGCGAAGCAUUGACUACACUCGGAAACGGACACUGACCUGGAAAAGGAACCUACUUUAACCCCCCUGCCAUUAACUGAUCUGCAUGCCAUCCAGCAUGUUCAUGUGUAUUAUCCCAUCAUCAUCCGGUUUUAUUUUCACCUGUACGCUAUCUUAUUGCACCUCAUCCCGCGAUAAACGUCCCACCCCACCGCACCCCACCCACCGCAUUUGUUGUCCAUAUUACAUAUAUCUGUCUCUGUUUUUUUAGCUUUCGGAUUCGUGUUCUUUGUGUAUGGUUUGUGUAUCUGUGAUGAAAAUAUAUUUGGUUCAACGACAAUGACCGAUAGUACGGGGUGCAGAUGCGU